AUAAGCUAACCAAUCAUCGCGGCCUCUUUUUCAUCGGAUCGGAUGAUCCUCACGCCGUCUAAUCAUCUUUGUUGGCCAAAAUGUUUCCCAUUAUCCUGUCCUUCGUCAUUGCCAUCAUCUCUGCCACCACCAUAGAUUCUGCCUCUUCCCGCCCUCACCCGCUCGACCCACUCUCUGCCUCGGAGCUCACCGCAGUCCGCGCUGCAGUGCUAGCCUCACCAGCGGUGCCAGCCCACCCACUACACUUCCACUACGUCGGCCUCGACGAGCCUGACAAGCCAGAGGUCCUCUCCUACUACGCCUCCGGCGCCGAUACCACCUCCUCCCCCACUCUGCGUCGCCGUGCAUUCGUCAUCGCUCGAGCCGGUGGCCAGUCCCACGAGUUCAUCGUCGAUGUCACCGACGCCUCUGCACCCUCCAUCCUUUCACAUGCGAUUCACCACGAUCCUGGCUUCCCAAUGCUCACCUCUCAGGACCAGGCAGCAGCGACGGCGCUGCUGCCUCAGUACCCAGAGCCGGCCCUAUGGGAGGGGCAGCAGGUGCGCCGGCCAUGGGCCCUUGCACCUUGGGGGCCUAAAUAUGUAUAGUACUAGUAUAUCUCUAUUCUCUGUAUAUGUAUUGAGUUACAGGUAACGAGCAGCCGCAACGCCUGUCGCAAAGAGCCAGAGACACGGACUCGCGGUGUCUCGCCAAAUUCCCGAUUGACGGCACUGCACGCAGACGUAGGCACGCAGCCAUUGCUCUGGCCACAAACCUGCAGUCAUCGAGGCCUCGAGGGACUUCAAACAAAUCAGCCAAUCAGGCAAUCACCAAUCAGAUCUUUAUUGAAUAUUGAUUUGAUUCAGUUUCAUA